GCGAAGGGUCGUCCAGGCAUAUCCCAAGAGGCGCAACUGUCCAGGCUGUCUGGAAGACCGCGUGUUGGAGCGAUGGAACUGGAGCACUUGGACACAGUGAGUCGCAGUAUCGGCAGUGCGUUGACGUCGCAGGAGCGGUCAAACCUCGAAAUUGGUUUUAUCAAACGCAAUGCGACCGAGAACAUCGAGUCGAUGCGGUUUUGGGGACGCAUCUCUGGCGACGCGCAAGACUACCUGAUCAGCGUCGCAUUCAUCGAGAGUGUCGACGCCCCCAAGAAAAAGUUUUUCUUUUGCACGAACACGUCGCCUGAGCUCCAGCAAUUUCCCGAGGUGGGCAAGGACAAGCGUGACAAGGCCAGUCGGUACACUGGUCGGUUGAAAGGCGACCCAUCACGCCUUCUCGACGAGUCGGAAACGGAGCCUCAAGAAGGCGAAAACAAAAACGUGUUUCGUGAAGUGGAUCGGUUGGUACUUCUCGUCGAGGCCAUCGACAACCAGACGUCUCUCAUUCCAUGUGGGGCGUACGUCGUAUCAGCUACGCACUACAUUGUCCCGAAUCGAUUGUUCCAAGGGCUGUCGUGGGAAAAGGCGUUGCAGCUGGGCAGCUACCACCACUUUCGCGACGCCACAACCGCCGAGCGCAAGAGCGCCCUCGCUACACCAGGAUUAGUUCGUCCAUCGGACUUUCUGGACCCGUUGACCGUCGACCUGGAAGGCACGUGGACGCUCCGCAAGGACGGCACGGGCAGUGUCGUUGUUUUGCGCAACUUGGUCUUUCCUGGCUUUGUGUUUUUUCACAAGCCGCGCACGGGGCAGUACGGAUCGGCCUACUUUGGGGAUGGCCUACGCAACCCUGACCUGGCCUUUAUGUUGUGAUAGCGUCGCCACCUCGCUCCACGGAUGGAAAGUCCAUACCGUCGGCAUGUAUCUCCAUUAAUGAACCGCACUACUUCUCA